CAUGAUCUGGCAGUGGUGCUGGCUCGUUUUCUAUUCGGGCAGCACCAACCUGAUUUCCAUGUAGCGUCCAUUCCACACUAUAUUAGUUCCCCGCUGACAUGAAUCAGAACGCAUUUUGGUCGAUCAUCGAUGACGACGCACUAUGAUUAAACAAACACAUGUGGCUGUUGUAUUACUGACAUUUCACAUUGUUUCGUCGACAAUAUUGCAGCACUUUAAUUAUUGCAUUGUAGAUCUACGUACGAAACUGACAUUCCCGUGUAGUGCUCACAAUGGAUGGGGGAUCAGCUGAACAUCCUGGAACGGACUUCGGUAACGCUACAUCACUGGCCAAUGAAUUUGACACCCUGAUGGAAAUAUCUGACUUACUAAACACAGGUCUCGACAGCGAAGAGCUACUCAUGUGUAGCAAACUUUUGGACUCCGGUGUGAACCCAGUCGCUCUUGCUAUGAUGGUUCAUACGGCUAAGCAAGCGCGAAUCAAUGUAUCCCAGUGAUUAGCCAUGUGCACCAAUUAUACAAUAAAAGAAGAUACAAACACCA